AGCUUGUUGAUUUUCGGUGCCGCACGCGUUUCGGUCGCAAGUAUUUGAGAAUAUUUGUGCUCGUACCCGGUUAUAUAUAUUUUAUAGUUAUUGAAACACUAGUAAAACAAAAUCCAAAAUUCGCGUGUGUUCACCCAUCUGCUGAGGCGGUACCAAUAUAAAGUAUUUACUUAACGCCUGCCCACCGAAAUCAGCAAGAUGCCUCAGUCGGGUCGCAAAGGGCCCUCGCCCAAGGACUCCAAAUACGACCUGAGCAAGAUCUCAGCUCGGGUUGAUCGCGUCAAUGUCAGCGGUCUGCUUCGUACCCAUAACGACUAUGUGAUGAGGGCGGCGGAUGCACUGUUUAAGGCUACCAACUUCCAGGACCUAAUGCUGGAGGCCAUGUCAACUAAAUCGUAUUUACACGAACUAGGCAUCUUCAAGGAUGUGAGCGUACAUAUCGACAUUAGCCGUGGAGCGGAUGCCAGUCCCCAGGGAUACGAGGUGACCUUUAAGGGCAACGAAAUGUCACGCUUGGCGGGAUCGGCGGGCACUGAGAUUGGUCAGAACGAGGGCUCCCUGCGAACCGAGCUAACUUUUCCUAAUAUUUUCGGCCGUGGCGAGAGCAUUUCACUGCAGGGCAGUUACAGCAACACCAGAGCGAACGAUCUACAGCUUAAGUUCUGGAAGCCCUUCUUCCAUACACGCUUUAGGGAAAAUCGACCUGAAUUUUCCUUCAGCAUUUUUAGGCAAACGGAUAGAUUCAACAUUAGCUCAUUUGAAACUACCAACAUUGGUUAUUUGAUAGAUUUCUCAGCACAUACUAUGGUGGGAGUUGAUUUGACGCACUCACUGCAGUAUGAAAACUCUAUUAGAGAUUUGGGAUUGUUGAACAAAUCAGUUCCCUUCGCCAUACGGGAUCAUUGUGGACCAAAAUUGGCCUCAUUGCUGCGCUAUUCAGUGGUCUUUGACAAUCGGGAUAACAACGUAUUCCCCACUCGCGGCAUUUUACUGAAAUCAGUAAAUGAAUACUGCGGAUUGGGCGGUAAUGUCGCCUACACCAGCAGCACUGGCCACGGUGAAGUAAAUGUUCCACUGUUUGCCGGCUUAGUGGCACAGUUUUGCGGUCGUGUUGGUGUUGUUAAGGAGACGAAAAAUACCACCCAGUUGCCUAUUAGCUCGCUGUUCUACUGCGGCGGUCCUUUGACACUGAGAGGAUUUCAGUUUGGAGGAGCUGGACCCGUCAUUGACGGCACACCCAUAGGAGCUCAGACUUUCUGGUGCACCGGCGCUCAUCUCUGGGCACCACUUCCUUUCGCUGGAGUCUUCAAGAACUUGGCCAGUCACUUUAGAAUGCAUUUCUUCUACAACCUUGGCAACAGCAAUAGUUUCAGCACAGAAAACAUGCGCAGUUCCUUUGGCAUGGGUCUGGCGCUCAAACUAGCUGAAAGAGCCCGAAUUGAACUAAACUAUUGUAUACCAGUGAGACGCCAGACCACGGAUAAGACAUCAAAUGGUUUCCAGCUUGGCAUUGGCUAUGAAUUCGUCUAAAUGAAGUUCCCUAGCAUCCAUUGACUGGAUGGAUCAUUAGCAAAAGCCAUGAGAGUCACAAACAGCUUAGUAACAAACGAAAAUCCAAUUCAAAACAUAUGGCUGCCCUGUCCUUUAACAGAUUAUGUUUCGUAUUUCUUUUUGUCAAUGCAUUUUAUUUUCCUCUGAAAAUGUAUUCGUAGUCCAGCGAUCAUUUAAGUAGUUCCUAAGGCGUGUACAUACGUAAAACGAAAGGUUAAAAAAAUACAAAAAUGUUGAACGAA